GGAGAGCCUGGCUGGCUCGGGGUACGUGGGCCUCCCCUGGGCAGCCACUCACCGCUGUUUACCUGCCCAGGCCACCCUGCUCCCCUCUUUGGGGCUGUCGUUGGAGCAGAGGGGUUUGUGUGCUUGUUCUGAGGUGGGUGAGUGAGUUGUGCAGGGCUUGGAGGACGAAAAUGGGGGUGCGGGCCCAAGCUGGACACUCCCACCUGCCCUCCUGUCGGGGGUGGUGGUGGGCUCCUGGGGAAGGGAAGCUCCCCGCAGAGAGGCCAUGGCCACUUCCUCGCCCACAGCUGAUCCCUGGAGGUUUAUCCCUCCUCACAAGGAAGCUGUGAAAUCGGAAUUCCCCCGUGAAGCCAACGAUGAGCCGCAGCUCUCAGGGCCUGCUCCCCGGACCCCCCAGUCCUCAGCUCCUCAUGGCCAGUCAUGGCCACAGCACCUGGGCCUUCAGGGGGAACCUGGUCAGGGGCCCGCCACCCAAACCCCCACACCCCAUCUGCACACGUGGACAGGUGUGCACACAGUAGCAAUGAAAUGACCUCAUGGGUCUCCUCUUUGAAAAGGCCCACUCCGUCCCUACACCCAUCGCCAUCCGUACCCCCCAGUCACACGCAUGCCUCAUUUUGUCCGUGAACCUGUGCUUCCAUGGGGCUGCCGCUUCAGGGAGCACACAUAACCGUACAUAAACUACAUGCACACGCACACCUAUAUGCACGUGCACGCACCACAUUUGGGAAAGAGUGAACACCGUUGGCCCCACGUGAAAUGCGUGGACUCCCGGCACACGUGCAGAGUGGGUGCUGUUAUGGCCUCUUCCCAGGGAGGCCAUGAUUUGGCUCAGCUCCAGUCUUUGCAUGAGGCGAGCGCUGGGCCAGGAGGGUGUCCCUAGGACUGGGUCAGCUGCCUCUGUGGAUGGGGCCGUGAGCUGCUGAGUCUGCGCAGGUUGUCAGGAGCCUGGGGUGGAGGCAGGAUGGAGGUGUUCGCAGGCUCUCAGACGGGUCCAGCAUCAGUGCUCAAAACAGUCCGCUUACACAUGCUGCAGGACACCCAUCAAAGCCGAGGGGUGAUUCAGGUCCCCAGUUCCUGGGACGCGCAGCCCACUACCAGUCCCAGAGUGUUCUGAGGAGAUAGGAGUCGAGGGUGGGUACUAUGCAGAGGGCCCAGCGCCCAGGCGCCUCGGGGCCUCCUCGAGCAGAGGCCUCAGGGCCCAGAUCAGGUCUGUGCUGGAGCAGGACUGCCCUGGGCCCUCACCUCCCCUCCGUGCCCCCCGCCCCCGCAGGAUCCUACGUCAGCGAGCACUGCACGGUGAACCACAGCAAAGGGCAGUGCAGGGAAUGUGAGCCUGGAACCUUCACUGCCCACCCCACGGGGAUGACCAGCUGCCUGCCGUGUGCCCAGUGCCGGGAGGAUCAGGAGGUGGUGACGAACUGCUCACGGGUCAGCGACCGGCAGUGCCAGUGCCAGCAGGGCAGCUUCUACUGCGACUCCCCGGACUGCGCUGAGAAGUGUUUCCGCUGCACAAGGUGUCAAGGUUCAGUCCUUCAGCCCUGCAGUGCCACACGGGAUACAGUUUGUGCCAUAGAAACUAACCAGGAGCCAGAUGAGAGGCUGAUUCCAUCUCUUCAAGGAAACGGAAACUCGAGUGAGCCCUUCAUUGCGGUGGCGGUGGUGGUUGUCCUCUUCAUCGUCGUCAUCAUCGUCGUCAUCAUUGUCGUUUACUGGAAAAAAGGUAACUUAGAGUUAGAUGAAUCCUGGAGAAAACUAGAUCAGCCACUGUGUCAGGAGCUCAGAA